AUGAAUGCAUCCAUCGGCGCUGACCAGAGCGGUCUCUCGGACCUGUCGGCAGCAUCCGAUCUGAGCAUGGCCGAAUAUCUCGCCGACGAUUCGCCCAUUCUGACCGACCAGCAGAAGCACCGCACCACACAACCAUCGUCAGCCGUCUUGUCGCCGCCUUCUUCAUCUCGUCUGCCUCCGACUACACCCGUGUCUCGCGUCUCGGGAUCCUCAACUGGUCAUGUCGGCCCCACUCCGGCAAGACUGGGCGGCGAAUCUAGUGCAGCAUGGACUCCCAGCCCGGAUGCUUCGUCAUCGCGCUCCGCCACACGCGUGAGCGCCGCGCGCAAAUCUUCGCCAAGAAUGGCCAGGGACGCCAACGAGAGCAUGGGGUCCAGCCUGGCCACCUUCGACUACAGCAAUGCAUCCUUCAGCGAGAGCUUCCUCCGACAGGCGGGCGCGCAUAUGCUCGCGGGCCUCGAUGAAGCAACGCAGCGUUCAUCUCCCUCGCCUUCAUCUUCCUCACCACGCUACCGCACCUCCUCUUCACCCACGGUCACCGCAAGACCGCUUCAACCAGAUCCCAGAACGCCAUUCACAGGCAAGAGUCUGCGCACCCGCAUGGCAGAGGCUGGCAUGCUCGACAGCCCAGCCUCCUCCGAUGGCAGUAGCCCCAGUCGCAGUCCAACAGUCAGAACAGGAUACAAUGCCACCCAGGUGCAGGAUGAGGAAGAGGACAUCCAGGACGCUCAGCCGUCUCCCAACGCGUCUCUGUCACCAAUGCGCUCGAAUGCAUCUUCUGAUCAACACGGACCAGCCUUGUACUCGCCUAGCAUCAGUUCAAGGCUCCAUCAAGCCACCGACUACAGCACGGAGCUCGCAGCGCACGACGACUGGCAAGAGGGGCUCUCCAUGGUCCCCGAAGAAUCCUAUGUGCAAGACACUUCCAGCAUACCGGCUUCCCCCCCAAAUCAAGCAGACAAUGCCAAGCUUCAGCACGAGUCGUCGGCGCAGGACCCUGUCGAGGAAGAGAACUCUGCAAAUGCCUCCACGCACUCGGUGCGGCAGUUAGACGCCUCAAAAGCAGUCGAGCGUCCACCACUACCUCAACUGGCGAGCCCUUCGCCCGAUCGAGCCGUGCUGACCCCGCUCGGCGAAUCGAGCAGACCAGCACAACCCAAAGCAGCGUCUGCAUCAGCCCUCCCUCAGUCGAAGCCGCCAACCCCACAGUCGGCACCUCGCUCGACCAACACUCCCAAGUCGUUUAUGCGACUCCGCAUGGUGACGCCCGCCCGGUCGUCGCCCCUAUCACGUGUCGUCAACUUUUCACCAGCAUCGUCUGCCUCUUCGCGGCAGUGGCAGAGUCCCAGCAGUCAAGCCAGUCCGGAAGGAGCGGCAGCUCACAUCAGUUCUUCCCGCGACUCGCCGCGCGAAGGCACCUCUGGCACCUCGCCUUCCAGCCCCACGCCUGGUCCACCGCGCAGGAUGGACUCACCGUCGAUCAGCUUCAGCUCUGCCAGGAACAAUCCUCAAACACCAAGCAGCACCGUGGAGCCGCCAAGUCAAGAGAGAUCAUUUGCCACUCCAGCAGCACGCAGCCCAGCGAAGGAGAGCUAUGCAUCACCCUACCCAAAAACACCCAAAGGCGGUUCGGAAGUCAUCAAAGCUACAAGCACACCUUCUAGCAUGUGGUCUCCCGCAACAUCCGCCUCGUUCGCCACACCCGCCUCGCAGCGCCAACAGCAAGCGACAACCACGCCGCAUACGACCUCUCAAGCGGAAAAGCUUGCAUUCCAAGCAAGCCUUACUCCGGAGCCUGCGUUCGGCACCCCGAAAUGGAGUCCUUCGCCCGCCCCGGGAGCAGUGCAGCCAAGCGCUGGCACAAAGGAUAAGGUUGCAUCGCCUCAGACGACGUCUGAAUCGCCGCAGAUCGACGAACACGACUCGCGCUCCUUGUUGUCGUCGUGCUCUUCCUCCUCCGGCAGGAAGCAGAGUGGCUGUGCCGACAACUCGCGCGAGCCCGAGCCUGCCGCCGACACCAGCAGCGAUGCUACAAAAGCGCAACCCGACGCAUCGGCCAAGAAGGAGCGCGAGGUGUCGCUGUGGUCUCCACAGCACUCGGACUCUCCCUCAGCCGCGCGCGUUUCGCGCAUGCAGCUGGCACGGCGGCCCGCCAAGCCUGUGGCCGAACUCGGCGUGAUAGAGCUGGCAGGCGUGGCAUCGGCAUUCGACUCGCUGGCCGAGCUCUCGGACUCGCGCGUGGCACGGCUGCUGGCACAGCUGCAGGCGUCGACCGCCUACAUCGACUCGCUCGAGACUGCGCUCGACGCCAAGGAGCGCGACGAGGCACAGCUGCGCGCCACUUGGGACGCCAAGGAUGCCGAUCUCGACGAGGUGCGCGCAGCGCUUACGCAACUCUCGGCGCAGUACGCAGAGCUGGUGGCAGACGCCGAGGCCAAAGAUGCGCGCAUGCAAGAGCUGGUCGGGCAGCUUCAGGGCAAAGUGGAGCGUGCAGGAGAACAGCGUGCCGCAGAGCUGGAGAGACAGCUCGAGGAAGAGAGGAGACUACGCGAGGUGGAGCGGCGCGACUUUGAGGUGCGCAUGCAAGCCAUCCGGUCGGCACCCAGCACGCGGGAGGCGUACGAUUCACCGGCACCGACAGCGGACGGCGGUGUCAGUCCAGAGAGGGCGAGCGAGAUCGAGCAGGCGAAAGCGGAACUGCGCGCGACGCUCGAGAAGGACUUUGCCGUGCGUCGCGCGAUGGAAGACGCGCCGCUGCAAGCGCGGAUUCGCGAGCUCGAGGAACAGCUUGCCUCUCGCAGCCUCUCUGGCGCGGCCGCAGAUGAGAGAGAGGCUGGAGGGAACGAGGUGGAGCUGCAGCGUGAAGUCGACUCUUUGACCGCUGAACUCGACCGGCGCUUUGAGGAGCUGUGCGACGUGCGCGCUGAGCUUGACGACGUCGCUGCGCAGCGCGACGCCGCCGAAGAGCACGCCGCUCAACUCGAGCAAGAUCUCGCCGAACCAGCCGCCGCGAGCUCCGAGCUCGCAACGUUACGCGAAGAACUCGCCGACAAGGACGGCGAUCUUGCUCAACUCGACGCGGAGCUGGCCACGCUACGUUCGGAGCUUGCCGACAAGGACGCAGAACUUGCACGCCUCGGCGAAGAGCUGCUCUCCGCCCGCGCCGCGGUGAGAGACGCGAAGCCACAGCCGCAACCCGAGUCGCAGCAGGAGGGAUCGACGCGUGGGUCGGAGCGGGUGGUGGAGCUGGAGCGCUCGCUGGCGAAUGCCGAGCUGGAGCUCGUGCGGCUGCGCAAGGCGCACGACGCGCUAGCGCAGGACAAUGUGCACUGGUCCAUCGCGCUCGCCGCCAAGCAGCUCGAGCUCGGCAUGGUCAAGCGCAACGCGCGCUUUGCCCUCAAGCAGCCCAAACAAAACGUCCUCCCCGAAUCGCUCCGGGCUAACACGAAACCUCAAAAGCCCCAAGACGCUCAGAAAUCUCAAGAGCUGGGCAAGGUGGACAAGGCGGACAAAGUUGACAAGGUGGUCAAGGCGGAAAAGAUGGCAGAGCCUGCCUUCCCGGCCGUCCCUACGACGCGACCAGCGGCGCCGAAUCGCGCGCGCGAGCAUGCACGUCAGCUCCUCGCACAGCGUCGAGCGCUUCUUGCGGCCUAA